AUGUUAUUAUAUAGUAAAUCAUUCUCAAAAAUACUUCAAAAACAAGGGCUUAAAUUUAAACUAAAUACAAAAGUUAUAGAUGCAUCAAAAAAAGAUGGCAAAGUUUAUGUAAAUGUUGAAGCAUCCAACGGAGGUACACAAGAAUCAUUAGAAGCCGAUGUUGUACUAGUUUCAAUUGGAAGACGACCUUAUACAGAAAAACUUGGUUUAGAGAAUGUUGGAAUUGAUGUUGAUGAUAAAGGAAGAAUUAAGAUCGAUUCUCAUUUUAAGACUAAUCAUUCACACAUCUUAUGUAUUGGUGAUGUUACUUACGGUGCAAUGUUAGCUCAUAAAGCUGAAGAAGAAGGCAUAGCUGCUGCAGAAUUUCUUGCAGGUGGAUUUGGACAUGUCAAUUAUGAUGUGAUACCUUCAGUAAUUUAUACACAUCCAGAAGUUGCAUGGUGUGGUAAAACCGAAGAACAAGUUAAAGAAACCAAAAAACCAUAUCGUGUUGGUACCUUUCCAUUUGCUGCAAAUUCACGUGCACGAACAAAUGACGACUCUGAAGGAGUAGUUAAGAUUAUAUCUGAUGAAGAAACUGAUCUAGUGUUAGGAAUUCAUAUCAUUGGACCAAAUGCUGGUGAAAUGAUAGGUGAAGCUGUUCUAGCUAUGGAAUAUGGUGCAAGUAGCGAAGAUAUAGCUAGAACUUGCCAUGCACAUCCACGUAAGAAAGCAAACAAAUAA